AUGAAAUUUUUUAUAUUAUUUUUUAUUUUAUAUUUAGUUUCUGAUACAUUAGGACAUUUAAAUGAACCAGUUGUCAAGAAUUUUACAUACACAAAACAAUCAUUGGAAUAUACAUAUGAUAUUGAUAGUACAUAUUAUAUAAAAUGGAUUUUUUCAAAUUUGGAAUAUGAAUUGGUUUUUGAAUGUAAAAAUAAUAGCAAAGAAAGAACAUGUACUGCUGGUAUGUCCAUUGAUAUUGCUAAAAAUUUACAUGGUCAAAUAAAGGUAUGCAUACGUGGAAUUGAUAAUAAUGGUGUAUUAGAUUGCCAUAUUGCUUUUUAUGAAGAAUAUUUUCCAAAGCCAAUUAUUGAAGGUGACUUUAAACCAUCUACCAAAGGUGGUCCUACUAUUAUGAAAGGUUAUUAUUUGGCAAUUGGUGCAUACUACUAUACCAUUAUCCCUGAUACUAGAUUGGGUAUAAUAGGUGAUAUUUUUAGUAACUCUAUUGAUGUCACAAAUUUAAUACUAGACUAUAAAGGUGGUUGUGGCCCAGGAACUAUUCAAUGGUCAAAUGAUUUUAAAUAUAGUUUCAAUCAUUCAAAUCCAAUCAUUGAAAAUAUUUUUAUUGAAGGUUCAUCUUUUAUAUCAAAAGGUUCUAAUUUUUGUAAUUCUUCUGAUUCAAUUCAAAUUUAUUUAGAUGGUGUUCAAAUUGAUAAAUCAAAAAUAAAAUCAAUUGAUCAUGAGCAAUUUGAAAUAAUUUACACUCAACUAUAUUCAAAAUCAAUCAAUGUUAAAAUAGUAUCUGGUGGACUUGAAUCGAAUAUUUACAAAUUGGAUUUUAAACCGAUACCUUUAAAAAUUAAUAGUGUUCCAAGAUUAAAAGGUGGUUCAGUUACAAUAAUUGGUGAAAGACUAUCUCCACAAGUAUAUAAUUCAACAAUCAUUGUUAAAAUUGGUCAAUAUGAUUGUAAAAAUGUAAUCUCAUCAAAAAAUGAAAUUCUCUGUAAUUUAGAAUCGGUUCAAAAUGUUGAAAAGGUUAAAUUGGUAGAUUUACAAGUUAAUAUCUCAAUAAAUGGUAUUUUUAAUGAAAAUAAUUUAUUAUUCUCAUUCGAUGUACCAAUAAUGUCAGAUUUUAUACUUCCUCAAGGUGAAGUUAAAUUAGUUGGUGAUUGUUUUGGUUCUUCACAAUUGACUCAAGUUAAAAUUGACGAUGUGUUACAAUCCAAUAUAACAAUUAAUAUUAAUGAAAAAGAAACAACACUUUCAUUUAAGCCAAUUAAACCAAUUAAAAAAUCAAAGUUAUAUAUAAUUGUCAAUGGUACAAAAUCAAAUACUAUUGAAAUUGAUUCAUCAUUUUUUGUAAAAAGUGUUCCAUCUUCACCUUCAGUAAAUGGUCAAAUUGUAAACUUUACACUUUUCAAUAUAAAUCCAAAUAAUGUAAAUGCAACACCAAUUAUGAUUUUUCAAAAUAAUAGUUCAAUAAAUGCAAUUGAUUAUAAAAAUUCAAAUGAAUACUCAACUCACACAUACUCCUUUGAUAUUCCAAAAAGUUGUGGGAGAAAUGAGAUUACAAUUUUAAUUGGAGACCAACUAACCCGUACUGAAAUUUAUUAUGAAUUACCAAUAAUAUCAAGUUGUUCAAUUGUUCCAAAUCAAAUGAUUAAAUGUCUUGGUAAUUUUUUAAAUUAUCUAGAUUUAUUUAAAAAUGGUAAAAUUAAAAUACAAUUUUCAAAUAUGGUAAUAAUUGAUAAUAUUCCAAACAAUUCAAUUAUUUUUAUGAGUGAUUCAUUUUCAUUCCCAAUGAAGCCAGAGUAUAGUUCAAGUGAUAUAUAUCUUAUUGUUUGUGAUGAAACUUCUCCAUAUUUUAAAGUUGAUAUAACUCCAUCGCUUAAAUUUGUGAGCCAAUCUCUUGUUUUCAACUCCACUGGUGGUGAAUUAUUAAUUAAUGGUGAAAAUUUUAAUGAAAAUACAAUUUACAAUACAUCUGUAUAUUGCUUUUCAAAUAAACAAGUUUAUAAUUGUUCAUUUAUAAACAAUACAUCUAUCUCAUGUGAUAUUGAAUUGGUAGGUCCAUUCGAUCAACUUUGUAAAAUCAAAUUUAAUGGUAAAGAUGAGAAUUAUAACAUUUCAAUAUCAUAUUAUCCUCCAUUAGUUUUAAAUUCAACAACGAUUUCGAAUUCAUCGAUUGGUGGAAUUAUUAUAAUUUUUGGUAAUGAAUUUUAUAAUCAAAUUGAUUCAAUUACAGUUGGUAAAAGUAAAUGUUUAAACUCUACAUUUAUAAAUUCAACAUCGAUUUCAUGUUUUGUAGAACCUUCAAAUUUUAUUAUUAAUCAAACUGAACAACAACAACAAUAUGUUAACAUUACAAUUAAUAACAAAAGUGGUGGUAAUAAUUUAAUAAUUUAUUCUGUUAAUUCAAAUAGAAUUGAUGAAAAUAAUAAAUCAAAUAAAAAUACAAUUGAUGAUAAACAAACCAACAAUGAAAUCAAAAAUGAAUCCAUAAAAAGAAAUAUAAAUUUAAUUUUAUUUAUAAUUAUAUUCUCAACGAUUUUAAUCAUUUAA